AUGAAGUCUUGUUCCGCGGAAACCAAAUCCAUCCGCCUUGCCUGCACCGAGUGCAGGCGCCGGAAGCAAAAGUGCAGCCGUGAUUGGCCGUGUAAUCCCUGCCAGCAGCGAAAUGCGGCCAGUCGAUGUCGUUUCCACCACGAACCUCGCCUCCGGGACCUGAUUAAACCGGAGGGGGUAAGCAGGAGCUCCGGUGACGAUAGAGCCGAAACACCCACGGAUCAAUUGGGGAGCGCCUUCAGGCAUCUAGGCUACAUGCCUUCCCACCACCUCUCCGAUAUCUUGACCGGUGUCGAGACUAUUGCAUCAACGGACACGGCUAAGCUUUGUCUGAUGUCCCCUUGGGCCUCCAAACUCGAGCGUGCUCUUCAAAUUCUUCCUCCGAGGUCCCUAACCCGACCAGAUUCCCUUGUCUGGGGAUUCCUCCAUCAUGUUAACUUUCACUAUUACAUUAUCUACCCAUCUUCCUUCUUGGAGCAGUACCAAACAUUCUGCACCGACAGAACCGAGAAUCGGCUUCCUGACUUACAGUGGACUUGCUUGCUGUUGGAGGUCUGUGCUUGUGCUACGCAGUUUCUCGACUCCGGGGAUCAACGGGAUCUGUGCUCGCCCGUUCAAGCCCUGACAGAAAGGUAUCACGACACUGCGCGUGAUCUCGGAAGCGCUGUGCGUCCUGGUCUGGGACACCUUGUUCAUGUCCAAUACCUACUGCUCUCGUGCUACUGGUAUAAAACAGAAGCGCGUCUCCGUGAAUCCUGGUACGUCUUGGGGGCGUCCAUUCGAGAAGCCCAAGAGCUAGGCAUGCACGAAGAAUGUGAGAAUGGCCCUCGGUCCGAAUUCGAGCGGGAAAUGAGGAGACGAGUCUGGUGCGUCUUGAACGUGUGGGACUGGCAACUUGCGUCCUUUCUCUCCAGGCCUUCGAUAAUAUGCCGUGCAGAUGGCUGCGUCGGUCUUCCGAAUCCUGCCCUGGACGGGGGUGUACUAUCUGCCGUGGUCCCUCUGAAGCUGCAGUCAGACCUCAUUGAUCGCCUGACUCGCCGAUACAGCAUGGCGGAUGGCAACAUGGAUCCUCCCGAGAUUCAUGAGUACCAACAGGAGAUUGAAGCAUGGAUUGCGACUUUCCCACGGAUAUAUGACCGCGACAGUCCUGAUACAUCAAUGGACAAAACCCACCCACGGAUCGUCUUCCAUCGGCAUUAUCUCCAAACCCUGUCCCUCGCAAUGUCUCUGCGUCCUUUCAAGUCAUACAUGACACGACCGCUCGACACGGACACCAAGCUACGGCUUCGAAAUGAUGGCGUGGAGAUUUGUUUGAGGCUCGUCGAAGAGGUCCGCGCCUUUUUGGCUUCCCUCCACCCCAGGGAUAGUAGGUUCCACUUCACCCUGUUCAUCACCUUCGAUACCGCCGCGUUCCUUUGCUCGGCCAUCCUUCAGGACGGGAGCCUAAUCAGUUCGAGAGGGGAAGAGAUCUCUCAUGCUAUCGGCUCCGCCGUUGCCGUGCUGAGCCAACUAUCCGGUGUGGCAAAGGCGGCCAAACCGUCUCACAGUCUUCUCUGUCGGCUCUUCCAGAGGGCCACGGGCUCUUUAGCGACGGUCCCAGUUCCAACAAGUCGUGUUCGAGAGACAGCCAUGGCCACGGACUGCUCACCUCGCUCAUGUUCUCGAGAUGCUCUCACGUCCUCCUUUGAUGGUCCCUCUCAACUCGAUGGGGCACAGACCACGAUCCAGACGACUACUACGCUUGGUCCACAGUCAUCACAAGUCGUCCUAGAGGCGCUCGCUUCGAUCGACCAUCUCGCCACCAUUCACAGACUAGAACCACCGGUUUUGUUCCCGCAAACCAUGUCGGCGUCAUACGACUCCUCCAACCCCGCAUGUCACAUAGGGAAAGAAAUACUACGGCAUUAUGCUGAAGUCCAACACCUGGUGUGA